AACCCACAGCCGGAAGCCAGGGCCUGGACGCCCAUUCAUAUACUACUCACGGAAAUAUUUAUGAAUUAAAUUGCUUGAAAAAAUAUUCAGGUGUCAUUUUUAAAGUUGUAUGAUUUUUGUACUUUUGUUUAAAAUUAGAGCACUUUUCAUGAUCUUUAAGUCAUUAUAAUUUUGCAGAUUGCAAAAACUUGAUUUGAUUGUAUUUAUAGUUUUUUUUUUUCAAAGAUAUGUAUUUAGUGUAAAUUCUUUACGAUAAGACAUCUAUAUUCCAUACUACGUUAAAUAAUCUGCAUUUGGUUCACCUAUUUCAAUACACAAGAAUUUGAAUUUUGCGGCCUUUCUUUAGGACAAGCCGCAAGGGUCGGUGGAGUGGCGUGUCGCCAGCGUUCUACAUGCUCAAAGAUGUGCUGAAGGCUCCAAUGACAUUCCAUCAAGAAGUGAGUUCCGACGUGAAGGUGGGAACUCGUGUGGCUUGUGAUGGCAACUGCGGCACCGUCAAGUACAUUGGCUCUGUGUCGCCCUUCGAAGGCAUCUGGUUCGGAGUUGAGUGGGACAAUCCUGCUCGUGGGAAACACGAUGGCAGUUACGACAAAGUCAGAUACUUCCAGACGAGGCAUCCAACUUCUGGUUCCUUUGUGAGGCCGCACAAGGUAUCUCUGGGCCAGCCGAUCACAUGUGCGAUCAUCGAGCGUUAUGGCGCUGUGGAAGGCGACAUGGCCGGGGUCAACAAGGAUAACUUAGAGUCACUGAAACACGAAAUCAAAGCUCGCUUCAUUGAAAUGGUUGGUUUUGAUAAAGUGAACAAGCAGCAGAGCCAUUUCGAGGAUCUGAAAAUAGUUUCGGUAUGCAAAAUGAUGGUGAAUGGGGCCGGUCCCCCAGGACAUCUGCAGAGGAUGUGCCCGAAUGUGAGAGAGCUUGACUUAUCGAAGAAUCUUCUGAAUACCUGGGAGUCUGUUGCUGAGAUAGCUGUCCAGUUGGAGUUUCUGGAAAAUCUGACUAUCAGUGACAAUAUUUUGAUGGUUCCACACAAUCCUAAAGCAUUGCAGGAUCAUUUUAAAUCUUUGAAAUACAUCAUUGCUGCCAAAAUGAGCUAUGAUUGGUUUCAGAUACUACAGUGUGCUAUAAUGUGGCAAAAAUUGGAACUCUUAAAGGUGCCAAGAAACUCAAUCUCGAAACUGGAAGCUCCUCCUCCAGGUGUGUUCUCCAACUUGAGAGCUCUGGACUUGUCUGGGAACCUGAUUGAGAACUGGGAGGAAAUCAACAAACUGGGAACUAUAUCCAGUCUACAACAGUUAAAUGUGAGUGCGGUUGGAAUCAGCAUGAUACAGUUUCCAGGAGAGAAGAAAACUGAUCUCUUUCCUUCUCUGUCUCUGCUCAACAUUUGUGACAACAACAUUGACAAGUGGGAGAGCAUUAGUGAGCUAAAUAAGCUAAAGUCCAUUGAAGAUCUGCGUAUCCGCAAUAACCCAGUGCUUGACCUGGAAAGCCUUGAAACAACGCGCCAGUUUAUCAUCGCCAGGAUAGCCAACUUGAAGAUGCUGAAUGGAAUGAAAGUGUGCGAGGAACGGCGAGGGGCGGAGUACGACUACUUGAAGAAGUUUGCUUUGGAAUGGAUCAGUUUGGAUGGCUUGCCAUCAGCACCUGACAAGGAUUCCCAAAUACAACAGUUCCUGUGUGCACAUCCUAGGUUUCCAGAGCUCAUUACCAAGCAUGGACUACCAGAGCUUUCAGAGCUGAAGAAAAUGCCUAUGACACUUGCUGAGAAUGUGAUCAAUAUUAAGUUUGUGAGUCCACAAUGUCCGGAAAAAACAUAUGAGAAGGCGCUGUUUCCCACCACUGAAGUUAUGAAUCUUCAAGGAUUUGCGAAGCGAGCUUUCAGGGCAAAGAAGACACCAAAGCUGUCUUAUAUCAGCUGUAAGAUGCCAGGUGUGGAACAUCCUAUGCCGCUUUUUACAAGAAAUCUCAAUUUCUACGCAGUUGAAGAUGGGGAUACAAUUAUUGUCAGGUGGUAAUCAUUAAGUUACAAUGUUUCACACCUUGCAGGUGUUAAUAUUAUUUACAUUAAUUAAUGUUGAUAAUCUGCAAUUAUGUUUCUUGCUUCCUAAUUUUGUAAAUUGAUUCAUGAAUAGACUUACAGUGUGAAAUGGAAGCCAGUUUUGUAAAUUGCAUUAUAAUUGUAUAUGAAAAGAAGCUUAUUAAUAAAUUGAUAAAUAAUUUAAUAA